AAACGUCAUGUGCGCAUGAUCUUACACUGCGCACCCAGCUUUGAACAACGGAAAAAAGGAGGGCGCCAGCGAGCAAGGGAGCUUGGAAGCAACUCGACAAUGGUAGACAAUAUGCCAGCCGAAGCCGACGACGAGGAGGGCUUCGGUGACUUCAAGUUCGCGACACUAUCUCCAGGAUUCGCUGUCAAUCCUUAUCCUAUUAACGGACCAGACGGGGGCGAAUUCAUGAAUUCCGCUUCACUUUCUCGCACCCACUCAUUGCCACCCCAGUCCGAUCCCGCCAAAAUAGUGGAAAAUAUUAAAAUUUUGGCAGAUCGAAAUGAAUCGGUGCCGGAUCAGCGCAAUUCGGCCCCCGCCCGUGCUAGCGGGGCUCAGUGGAUGAAACCGAAGGGAGCUUUGCCGUUGUCUAUUUUCGGGGAAGAGGAAGAGGAGGAGGGAUCUGGUGCGGUAGGUACAUCCUCUGAGAUUUUGUCAAACAGAGAUAUUGAUUCCGUGAAAACUUUAUCCAACUUGAAAACGAGUGCUGGGAUGAAUGAUUUGAUUGCAAGUUUGCAUAAACACAAUGAUAAUAUUGGGGUUGUAAAUGGGUUGAAACCAGAAUCUCACGGGUCGAAUUUGGAUUCAAACAUAAAUGUAUGGAAUUCAAUUGCCCCAGAAGUGCUGUCUAAUAUAUUUAUUUCCAAUUCGGGCUUGAACGGGUUGGAUUUAGCUAAAACUGUUUCGAGUUUGGAUAGUAACAAACCAAUUCCGAGUCCAUAUGUGUCGAAUUUGGAUUUGAGUGGAUUGGAUUCAAAUAGAAGUGCCACAAAUUCAGAUGCUAGGAAGCCGAAUCUUGAUCCACCAGGGUUUAAUUUUGUUUGGAGCAGAACGAUUUCUGGCGUUGAAGGGUUAAGUUCGUCUGCAAAUGAUGUAAAUGGGGAUUUAGAGGAUAAUGAUGGGUGGGAGUUCAAGGCUGCCGAGGCGGAAUUUGAAUUUCAACACGAAAAAGCAAAGAAUGACCAGAUCAAGGUGGAUAAUGGGCUGACAUCAAGCUCCAGUGGUUCUUAUUCAGCGCCGGAUAUGUUUAGUUCUGAUUUGAAGCAGUUGAACUUUAAUGUUAAUGCAGUGAAUCCUCGUACAGAUUGGCUUAGUACGAGCACCCUUGGUGAAAACAAAAGUGCCAAUGAUGAUGACCAGUUGAAAUUCACAGCUGCAGAAACAAAAACUGAGAUCAAGGAUAAAAGUGCACCGAACUCAAAUACUGACGGAUCCAAUGCGAGUAGGAAUGUGUGGAGUUCUUAUUCAAAUGGAUUAAAUUUGAAAGCUAAGGGAGUGCAUGUGGAUACUAGUCUGACAAAUCUAGAUUUAUAUGCUGAUGGAUGGGAAUUCAAGCAUGCAGAAUCAGAAACCCAGCUCCAUGAUGGGAGCUCACAGGAUGAUAAGAAAGUGGGAGAGAAAUCAGAAGGAGCUCAAUUGACAGGAGCAUUUGGCACCAGCACUCAUGCACAUACUGAUCUCUUUGCCGCAUCAGAUGGGACCUCCUAUAAAUCUAUUGAAUGGGACUUUGGAUUUAAUUUCAAGCCAAGUUCUGCAACUCAAAAUGGUGUCAUAUCUAAUGCAUACCCUAAUCACAAGAAAAUUGAUACUGAAAUAUGGUCAAAACCUUCUCCUGAUGAUGGGGCUGUUGGUUCUGACCGAAAUUCCUGGGGCUUCAAGGAUGCCUUUUCUGAAUCUGGCUCAAAGGAAAGGGAAGAGCCUGAUGUUGCUGAGAAUACUUCUAGUGGAGUUGAUGCUCAGGCAUUUACUGGAAAAAGUCAGGAUAAUGUUCGAAUGCUGGUGAACCAAAAGGCAGCAUUACCCCUUUCUCUUUUUGGCGAGGAAGAACAAGAAACUGAUGAUUCUAUGGAUCAUCAGGAUUUUAUUGCUUAUUCCUCCAAUUCUGAUCCAAGAGAUGACUUUAAGAGGCCUGCUUCCAAUGUACCUAUUAGUGACGUCAUAUCAAGUUUAUACAGCCAAGUUGAGGAAAAAUGGGCUGAUGACAAUACACAAAAUCCACAAGAAAGUGGGUUGCCGCCCAAUGAAACACCCAUAGAUACUGGUUUAGUUAGUAGUCAUGACAACCUUGACGAUAAUUCCUGGGAAUUUGAAGGUGCCUUUUCUGGCGUCAGAACAGACGAUACCUUUGUUGACAGUAUUAUAGGGGCAGAUAAAAAUAACUCUACCCAAAUUGAGUCAAAUAUUUAUGUGGAAUUCUACUCCGAAUUGAAGGAUAAAUUACAGUUUGUUGCAAUGUGCCAUCUUGAUAGUAUGAAGAAAAGUCAAAGUUCCUCUACUAUUUCUGGUGAAGGGGCUGAAGUACCAGCAGUUGAUCCAGAAAUCCAGGAUAUUUAUGACAAGCUACAGCACGAUGGUUUAAUCUCGAGUGAAGUCCACAUAGAGAAUUGCUCACCAGGAGGAAAUCACCUCAACGAGUUUGUUAAAGCUUUGGGACAACCGAAGCUCCUAAUACUUGAGUCAGAGUAUAACUUGUCAAAGAAAUUGUUAUUGGCAGAGAAGGAUUUGAGAUCCGCAAUUGAACUCUUGAAGCAUGUAGCAUCGACACUAAAGAUUCUGACACUGAGAUCAGUGGACGAGCAACGUAACUAUGUUUCUAUAUGGUCUGACAUUCUAUCGGUUUGUUCUCGGGAGCUGAAACAUGGUGCAUUGGUUUGGAAACAAUCAUUAGAAAAGAAUCUUCACAGUCAGAUAUUAUGUAAACCUCAAGGCAAGAAGUAUAUCGUUGCCCUUGGAGAAGUUUAUAAAGUUGUUGAAGCUCUGGGAUCAUCAGCCAAACUUUUCAAGCCGUGGCUGUUAUUAAACUCUAUGGAAUAUACGAGAAUGUCUGCUCUUUUGAAUGAGUGUGCUUCCAUAUGGUCAAGCUCAGGACUUGAGGAAGCUCUCCGUAGCAUUUCUGACCCUACAGGAUUAGAAUACGAUGGAACUGUCGAGGCAUUACUACAGUCCAUCAAAGACAUUCAUGAUCUGAAUGCUGAUGCUCUUUACAACCAUGUUUUUAGUGGACAACAAACUACCUGCCGGCUGUCCAUCUUGACUGCAGCAGCCGUGCCAGGCAUGAAAAUGGUGGUGUGGAAUGGAGAACACUACUUUCUCACACUGGCAAAUUUGUGGGGUAACCUAAUAAGUUGUGAUGCUCCAAAUUUGCCGCGGAUACAUGUCGGCUGACAACCCUGAAGAUUCAGAAAGUGUUCUUUUAACAAUGCUUAGCCUGACCCAUAAUUUUUCACGUUGAAUCAUGAACGAGGCUGCUGCCGAAGUGCAAACCAGAAUUACACUCUGCCAGAAGAACAGCUCGGAGAAGGAAGAGGAGCAGUUCGACGUUCAACAAGCGGAGGACUAUAUACUGGUGUUUGGUUUGAUCAGAAAUUGAUUGCUGUGUUUAUACGGAAAAUUAUUAAGUUCCAUUCUUGUUUGUAUUAUUCAAGAAUCAGUCAAUCUUGCUAGUGUAUAUAUAUAACGUCCACUAUUCAAGUAGGGUUUAUGGGAGCCUUCAUCUCUCAUCUC